AUGGACAGCGACCUGAAGUUGCUGUGUGAUGGCUCCCGAAGCUUCCAGAUGUUGCACAUGUUCAACAAGUCUGUGGGGAAGCUGCAGGGGCUGCUGUGCAAGGGGGAGUACGCCCUGCUGAAGCACUUGCUCAUAUUUGAGAGUGACUUUAUACAGAUCAACAAAAGAGGAGAAGUGAUUGAUGUGCACAACAGCGUGCAAAUGGUGACAGUGGGCAUUGCAUACACUAGCCAAAACCUAACAAUACCUGAUAUCGUGUUGCUGGCACAGCCAGCUGUGAGCUAUGCAGUCAGUGCCAGAAAUGACCAAGAUACCCAUGGAAAGGGCUUCAAGUCCACAAAGAGCUUGGAGCUGACCAGAUAUCCAUCUACAAUUAAAAAAAAAAAAGUUCCACUUGAAGCUUGUCACUGGACGCUCUUUUUACCUACAAUUGUGCAUCCCCCAGAUGCAAAGGAAGAUCUGUUUGCAUGCUGGGAAGACUUAGUGUACCUGCGGAGACCACCAGUAGAGGCUUACAGUGGGACCCUGGCCCAGCCGGCGGGUAACAUCAUCUCCAUUCCUGUGCUGGAGGGGGAGAACAAGAAGAAACCAGCAUGUUGUAAUGCCCUCAACAGCAUCCCCGCUGUCCAGUGCAUUCUGGAACGAUGA